AUGGGUAAAAAUCAGAAGAGAGGCUUCAGAUCUCACAAUAAUGGUGCUCGUGGAGAUAAUUCACGUCACGGAAGGACCAAAGAUAACCGUGAUCUAGCUGAAUGCGUUCAACAAGUCGAAAAGUUGGAUAUCAGUGCGGAAGAAGAGGUUUCUGAUGAAGAACUCGAGACAUCUAGUGAAGAGGAAGAUCAGGUAAGGCUUUUACUUUAAUUUUUGAUGUUUAGAAAAGUUUUGUUGGCAUGAAAUUUACAAAAAUGUUGCUAUCUGGUGGAGAAUAUUAACAAAUAAAGCUAUUGUUUAAGGUCCCAGUUAUGCCUUGUCGAAUUGCAAUGUUUGACUUUAAUCAAUGCGAUCCUAAACGAUGUUCGGGCCGAAAGCUGCAGAGACAUGGUCUAAUGACCACGAUUAAGUUGGGGUCAAAGUUUCCCGGAUUAGUUUUAUCACCAACUGGAACAAGCACGUUGUCUCCAGCUGAUCGUCAAUUUAUUCUUGAUCAUGGUUUAGCUGUGGUUGAUUGCUCUUGGAAUCAAGUCGAAGGGACGCCUAUUCACAGGGUCAAGGUGAGGGUCUUGUUUGUUUUUGAGUUUAGGAGAGUAUUUUAUUAUUUUGCGGACAUUAAACUAGAUAAGCUUCGAAAAAUUCAAAAAGAACUUUUCAGGCUAACGAGCACAGGUUACUUCCAUUCCUAAUAGCCGCAAAUCCCGUAAAUUAUGGAGCUCCAUGUAAAUUAACUUGUGCUGAGGCAUUGGCCGCAGGUUUGUGGAUAAUAAACGAAAUUCCAGCAGCUGAAGCCUUGAUGUCAAAGUUUAAAUGGGGUCCAAACUUUUUAAAACUGAACGAGGAAGUUCUGGAGAUAUACAGAGGAUGUAAAGAUUCAAAGGAUCUGAUAGAGAAACAAAAUGAACAUCUGAAGAAGCUGGAAGAAGAACAUCAGAGAGAUAGAGAACGAGGUAUGGAUCUACCGCCUUCUUAUAGCGAAGAAGAUGAAGGGGAGGAAGAAGAAGAUGAGGAAGAGUGA